AUGUCAGAUUUCGGGUUCGAUGCAUAUAGUGGUGGUGGAUUUGGAAAUAUUUCACAAGGUGGAUUUUCAGCUGAUCAUCAAGGAUCUUCACAAUCUCAAAAAUCCAAUCAAGUAAGACAAAGUUUAACUCCUGUUACAAUUAAACAAAUUAAUGAUGCUUCACAACAUGUACCAGAUGCAGAAUUUAAAGUUAAUAAUGUUGAAUUAAAUAUGAUAUCGUUUGUUGGAGUAGUAAGAAAAGUUGAUAAUAAUAAUGCUACUAUUGUUAUUACAAUUGAAGAUGGAACUGGAUCAAUUGAAGUUCGUGUUUGGAUAUCUGAACAAAUUACAACUGCAGAACAAGAAACUCAAAAAUAUGAAGCUUUACUUAAUAGAUAUGUUUUUGUUGGUGGAUCUUUAAAACAAUUUAAUAAUCGUAAAAGUGUUCAAAAUUCAUCAAUUUUCCCAAUUACUGAUAGUAAUCAAAUUUUAUAUCAUCAUCUAAGUGCAAUUGAAAAUCAUUUGAAAGCUCAAGGUAUUCAAAAACCAAGUAGUUCUGGUGGAUCUUUAUUUGUUGAUGGUAAUUCUAACACCAACUCAGGAGUUGCUGGUGCUCAAGGAAAUCAAGGUGGUUCUCUUACUGAUCGUGUUUUGGCUGUUUUGAAAGAAAAUAGUACCACCAUGCAAGAAGGUGUUCCUGUUGAUUAUAUAAGUCAGAAAUUAAACAUUUCAAGAGAAGAAGCUCUUGAACAUGUCAAUAAAUUGGUUGAAGGUGGUAAAGCAUAUGCUGGUUAUGAUGAUAACACUUACAUUUGUAUUUAA